AUGGAUAAUGGCCCUCAUCUCUUCACGAAGGCGAAGUUGUACACGGCCCUGUCCGACCAGGAGUCAUGGACAGAAAUGGGUGUUGGUGUUGUAUUUAUUGUGAUGCGCUCCGUAGCUAAUGAAGGAGAGGAGGGGUUUGGUGAAGGCAAAGGCGAAGGGCGAAGUGGCGACUGCGGCAGGUUGGAGCAAACAGUUGGGUGUCUGGAAAUGGUUGAUAUUGACAACCCACAAGAGCUGUUAAUCAGUACGCCUAUCAGCCUCGAGGAUAUCUACGUUGUCCAGCAGGAAACCAUUCUCUUGUGGUCAGAUGUGGCGCUUGGUCGCCUUCUCUCAUGCAGCUUCAACACAAAAGAGGGAUGCGAUAAGAUCUAUUCAGAAAUAUUAGAUUACCAACGCUCACGUAGGCCUCCUACCGAAGUCGGGGGGAUGAACAAUGGUGGUGACGACGGAGGAGGUCUUGUAGUCACUGGGAGUGAGGCUGAGGGCUACAUUGAUGGGUGUGGAGGACCUCUGGCACUCUGCAGAAACUGGUUGGUAUGCCGUGAAAAUCUUCCAAUUAUUAUUUCUGUGAUGCAGACAAACCCACAGCGCUUCGGACUGUUCGUUCGGAGUCACGAGACGUACAUUAAGGAGUUGGUAGACCUAUUUGAAUAUUGCAAAGGAGACAACGACCAGCGGGGCAUGAAUCUCAUAGGGACAAUCACAACUACACUCUUACAUCAACCGUUCUGUACAGACGGGAAAAUUAUCUCCCAAUUUAUAGACAGGGAAGUUAUUGACAGGGUUCUCCAGGUCGUGCAGUUUGCUAUUGGAAGGUGUGAUAGUCAAUCGGGUUUCGUUGACAUUGCCCAACGGCGUGCAACAUUUCGUAAUCCGCUUAUGCUUCCGGAGAGCACUGUGUUGAAGAUUCACGAACUGCAUGCGUGUAGUUGCUUGAAAGAUAUGCUUCCGGUCUCCCUUGAUGAAGCAGAUGCCAACCCUUCUUCGCUUCUCAGCAAUUACAUAAUGACUAAUAAAAGCCAACUGGUGGAUGACAUAUGCAAGUCGCGUCAUAUUUUACCCGAAGCCUUUACUCGGGCUUACGACGACGUUAAACUUGCCUUUGAAGUCACCGCAUUCCUACACGAUAUGUGCAGGACGGUGCGCAGCGCUACGAUGUCCAUUGAGUAUAAGUCGUCCAUAUUUGGGGCCAUGAUCAGAACGUCGCUGAUACCCUUUAUUCGGUUCGUUCUUUCUAGGGCUCUGGCCCUUUACGAAGCAGCGCCUCGCUGGCAACCGGACCAACAGUGCUUAAUAUCACCUAACAUUUCACCAGGGAUGGCGCUACUGAUGGCAUGUGAUAUCAUCAGUAAUUGCCUCACAUUUUACCCUCAGGGACGGUGUUUGCUUACGGAGGAGGGCCAUUCUAAGCCGGAUGGUUGCUUACUCGAGUUACUGCUGCAAUGCGUUGUGGUAACUCACUGUGGCGCUGAACUGCAGGCGGCAGUGGAUGCCGUAGUGUCUUGCGUAACGUGCGCGCUGCUUCAGUCACCGGCUGGCGUGGCUAUCUGUGCGGCUGAGAGGCGCGACAUUAUACAAUUUUGGUUGAAUGGAGAUGAUGGGAAACGACGGCCUCCACUACUAUCGCUUACAGAGGGGCUGGUGAACGUCUUGGGUUCGUUAGAGAGAGUGAUGCGAGGAUUCCACGGCGAGACACGUGUGAUUCACAUACUAAGAGUCUUUACAGUGCUUGUUGACGCGGUAGAUGAACCGCUUAGUAGGCCGCUUGCUAACCUUCUACAACAGUCUUGCCUGGUGCAAUGUUUGGACAACGUACUGCAGUCUCGUGCACGUUCUGUCGCGAACGUGCAAUCGUCCGUUGCGUCUUUUAUUGCUUCCCUAUUAAAUUGCAACAAGCGACAGCUUGUGGCAUUGCCACUGCUGUAUGCAGGUGGAGAGCUUCUCGAUACAGCCGUGCGCCGUUAUUUAGUCUGUAGCCCCAACAGCAACAGUUUGUUCCGCUCCUCUCUUGCCCAUCUUAUUGAUUCCCUGUGCAGAGCAAUCCGCAUGGAAAAGGGGAGUGCGCUGCGGCAAACAUCGUUCUGCGGCUCAGCCAAUAAUCCCUUUGCGCCGUCGCUGUUUGCGUCCGAAGAUGAAAGCACUGUUAUCUCAUCCGCGAACGGCGACGGCGCGGACGUAGAUGUGGAUGAGUGCAACAGAAAUAUGUGCCAUAAUGUUGGCAAUCGACUGUGGCAAGCUUACGGAGAGCGCAUGCGACAGCACUGCCCAGCUCUCGCCACUCGCUUGGAGCACUCGCUGCUGGAGACACCUGAGGAAGCCGCUUCUGCUGGUGCAGAGACGUCAAGUGUAGCGAGCACAGUGGAGCGUAAUGGGUGGAAUGGGAGAGAUUCAGAUUUUGAAUUAUUGUUGGCAGAGCUUGGCGUCGAUGCGCAACCGGCCAACAAUAAGUUGCAGGUGAUGGGCUCCGGAGUGGUUGGUUACGACGACCCGCUUGAGAGCCAUUACACAACAUCUGCCCAGCAGGCCCCAGACAACAGUGAUUUUGCGUCCAACGACGAUAGUUGCAACUGUGAUAGUGAAGAAAAUGAAGGCGAGGAGAACUCAUCGAGUGAACCACCAGCAAAACGGUCUCGCUCUGAAUCGUCAUCCGCAACUGCUGUUGAGUGA